AUGGCGGCUCCAUCUUCUGUGCGUGUAUGGGGAGGUGUCCCGAGUCCCCAACGGGCUCCUGAGAGCCAGCCCCCAAACUCUCCUGUCCAUCUAAAGCGGGAAGGUGUUGACAGAGAAGACCUUGGGGGGCUGUACCGCCUGUGCUUUCCCCCCACGUCGUGUAGCACAUGCUUAUUUAUAUUUCCAGUAGGCGAGAAACUCCCUAAUUCGCGAAUGAAUUUAGGCUUAUAUCCGAAACGGGAGUGUGAGCCCCAGUUGAAAACUGUGCAGGGAGUUGUCACAAGUUUCUGUGGUGAUUAUGGUGUGAUUGAUGAGUCGAUCUACUUCAGUUGUGAUGUUGUGACUGGCAAUGAGCCUCUAAAAGUUGGACAGAGAGUUAAUGCGGUUGUGGAAGAAGAUAAAACACUUUAUGGAUUGAGAGCAAUCAAGGUGGACAUUGUGCCUUACGAUGCUGGACCCUCAGACGCAGGAACCAAACUUUUAGUUGGAUGUGUCACUUCUAUAAGUGAGGAUACUGUUUAUAUUAGUGACGACAUUAAUUUCUCCCUAGACAUUAUUUCUGAAGAUUUUGUGCCUUAUGAGGGCGACUGGUUAGACGUGGAAUAUUCCAGUGAGCCAGGCAUCUCAAACAUCAAGGCAAUCUCUGCGAAGCCCACCCGCUGGGCUUGCGCGGAAGAGGUCUGCAUUACUAGCGUCCGUGGAAGAAACGGAGUGAUAGAUAAUAAUAUCUUUUUCACCUUGGAUUCUGUGAAACUUCCUCAUGGAUACCAGCCUCAACUAUUUGAUACCGUCAGCGUGGUCAUGGUGGAGAGCACUCACUUCUGCUAUGUCUGGAGAGCGGUUUCCAUCAUCCCAGCGCAAAAAUCCCCCGGAUCCCAGGAUGACGGAGGCCUGGGAUGGCCUGAAACGAAGUGUCACAGUCAAAGCAUUUAACUGAAAAGGCAGCAGGGACAGCACGUUAA